AUCUUGCGCGACUCGGCCGGAGACCAAACUGACCGAGCCAGCAACACCACAUCACCAAUCCCCCCCAAUUCAAAAUUUGGAUGGCCACACUCUCCUCGCCUCCGGCGGCUCGUCUCGCUCCUCUGCUCCGCCUCCACCGCCUCAACCCCAAACCCUCCCUCCUCCGCCUCCACCUCCUCCUCCCCCAGAUGGGAAGAGCCGCCCCCUCGCCCCAUCGGGCCAUGUCCUCCGUUCCCAGCCUCCGUCUGUCGUCGUGGGACAGCGCCGACGACCCGCUGGAUUUCAGCGCGGUCGCCGGCGCCGUGUUCUUCCCGCUCCGGCGGCGCGCGGCGAAGCGGAAUCGCGCGCCGUCGCCGGAGUUCGUCGAGGUGCGCGCCGCCGCGGGCAAGCGGGCCGGCGGUGCGGCGGAGGGGGCGAAGCGGAAGCGCGCGCCGUCGCCGGAUAUCGUCGAGGUGCCGGCCGACGCGGACAGGCGGGUCAGCGGCGCGGUGGAGGGGAUGAGGCGGAAGCGCUCGCUGUCGCCGGAGGUCGUCGAGGUGCCUGCCGCCGCGGACAAGCGGGCCGUUGGUGCGGCGGAGGGAGAGGAGAAGGCGCGCGCCGCCAAGAAAGGAAAUUCAAAUAGUCAUUUGGAUAAGAAGACUGUCAAAGUAAUGACAUACAAUGUCUGGUUCCAUGAGGAUUUGGAACUGAUUAGAAGGAUGAAUGCUAUUGGAGCUCUUAUUCAGCAUCACAGCCCAGACCUUAUAGGCUUCCAGGAAGUUACUCCAGACAUAUAUCUGCUUUUUGAAAAAUCUGAUUGGUGGCAAGCAUACAAAUGCUCAUUGUCACAUGAAGAGGCCAUGGAAAGACCAUAUUACUGCAUGCAGAUGAGCAAAUUGCCUGUGGAGUCAUUUAACUGCAAACCAUUCUCUAACUCACAUAUGGGACGGGAGUUGUGCACAGCUGAUGUCAUUGUUGGAGGUUUGAUCAAGUUGGUGUUGGCUACAAGCCACCUUGAGAGCCCAUGCCCUGGCCCUCCUACCUGGGAUCAGAUGUUCAGCAAGGAAAGGGUAGCUCAGGCAAAUGAAUCUUUGAGAAUUCUGGGAGCUUUCCGCAAUGUAAUAUUCUGUGGAGACAUGAACUGGGAUGAUAAAGGAGAUGGACCUUUCCCGCUACCAGAUGGGUGGAUCGACGCUUGGGCUGAGUUGAAGCCAGGCGAAAAUGGCUGGACUUACGACACGAAAGCAAACGCCAUGCUAUCAGGUAACCGCAAGCUGCAGAAGAGGCUUGACCGGUUUGUGUGCAAGCUGUCUGAUUUCAAGGUCGACAGCAUUGAGAUGAUUGGGAAGGAGGCGAUACCGGGUAUCACGUACAUUAAGGAGAAGAAAGUCCGACAGGAGAUCCGCCAACUGGUGCUACCUGUCUUGCCCAGCGACCACUUCGGGCUUGUUCUGACUAUCAGCUCAGUCUGAAGAGAUGUGAUUUUGGUAACGAAACUACUGUCUAGUGUAUGACCCUCUUUUGUAAAUAGGUGUUAGGUAGUAGCAUAUCAUGUCCCAUGGAAGCAUCACGGUGAUUCUGGUGGAUGCUUAUUCACAAUUGUAGACAUACGAUCAUCCAGGUGCCCCCGAUUUUGUCCAGAUUUGCUAAGGAGGCACCCGUAUGCUAUGUAAAUAUACCUAUGCUUGACAUGCUGAUAUCCAUUGCUUCACUGAUCCUGUGGAUUUUGCUUGGCUGAAA